UAUCUUUUAAUUAUUAGCACUCUAGAAUAUAAAUAAAUAAAUUCACCGCUAUAUCCACGGCUCGUCGGAAAGGGCUGUCACAGCGUGAUGCGACGGCGCCGUCUUACGUCGGAGAGUCAGAAUUACGAGACGGAUAUGGACUCGGAUUCAGAUUCAGUUGCGGAGACGACGAGGUGCAUAUCGUGUCAGGAGGACUACGACGCACAUGAUGGCGGCACCUGCAAGGAGUGCCACGAUGAGGCCAACGAGACGGAGGAGGACCUCAAGCGCGAGAUCGAAGACCUCAAAGCCAAGGUCGCUUUUCUCAAACUCUGCGAUCCUAUCGAUUAUCCCAACCAUUACUCCACUGGCCCUAGGUCCUAUUCUCCUUGCUUCUCCGACGUCGUUUUGGUUGCAUUCGAAGGCACUUCCGGUGCUCCUGCCCCGCCCGUUCCGGCUCAUAAGGCUGUUUUGGUGAGUCGUUCCCCAGUAUUCAAAGCCAUGCUCGAGAAUGAAAUGGAAGAAAGCCGAAGCAGCACCAUAAAGAUCAACGAUGUAUCAUACGAGGCCCUUCGUGCCUUUGUCAACUAUUUGUACACAGCCGAGGCCAGUCUUAAUGAGCAUAUGGCUUAUUCCCUCGUAGUGUUGGCUGAAAAAUAUCAGGUAAAUCAUCUCAAGACCUAUUGUGAGAGGUUUCUGAUAUCAAAACAAUGCCAACGUAUCUUAUAUCGUGCUUUGGAAUUUCGGAAGGUCUAUACUAAGAAAUUAUGCGUCUUUCAGCAGGCUGUUGGUGGGGAUUUAUGAAUUAUAAAAGGAAAUUUCAUUGGCCGGCCUCAUAGAAAAUUAGUCGACCAAAAUGUGAUGAAGGUUUAGGUUUCCAAAGAGUCAUUUACUAUUACCAAGCACUUGUUGCGAAGUUUAGUCUUCACUGUAUUCAUAGCUGAAAAAGAUCGCUAUGUGAUAGUUGUAGAAACUAGAAGUGUAAAAAUAAGAGUUACUGUAUUAUACACAAGUGGAUAGACUACUGUGAUAGUCUGCAUUAACCACCAACAUAAAUAAAAAAUAGUUGAUAAAACGGUAAAAUUGGGAAGUUGUUGCACAUGAUCAAAAUGUUCAAAUUGCAUCAUCAGUUGUAUUAUCUCUUAUUCCUUAAAGGCCCUUGGGUCAUAA